CAGAAAAAAAAGCUGCCCUCAACUUCUCCAGGCACAACUCAACUCAACUCAACUCUUCCUUGCAACAUACACCACACCGCUCCUCUUCUUCUUUUUCCUUCUCCCUUAAACCCUUAAAUCUCUAACCACUGCCAUAUUAUUCUCUGCUCGCCAGUUUCCCUCAGUUGUGUUCGAUACACUUUAAUCAACCACCGACAAAAUGCGUGAGAUCGUUCAUCUUCAGACCGGCCAGUGCGGUAACCAAAUCGGUGCUGCUUUCUGGCAAACUAUCUCCAGCGAGCACGGUCUUGACAGCAAUGGCGUCUACAAUGGCACUUCAGAGCUCCAGCUCGAGCGCAUGAGCGUCUACUUUAAUGAGGCAUCUGGUAACAAGUAUGUCCCCCGCGCCGUCCUCGUCGAUCUCGAACCCGGUACCAUGGACGCCGUCCGUGCUGGUCCCUUCGGCCAACUCUUCCGACCCGACAACUUCGUUUUCGGCCAAUCCGGUGCCGGAAACAACUGGGCCAAGGGUCAUUACACUGAGGGUGCUGAGCUAGUCGACCAGGUUCUCGAUGUCGUUCGUCGUGAGGCUGAGGGCUGUGACUGCCUUCAGGGUUUCCAGAUCACCCACUCCCUCGGUGGUGGUACCGGUGCCGGUAUGGGUACUUUGUUGAUCUCCAAGAUCCGCGAGGAGUUCCCCGACCGCAUGAUGUCCACCUACUCCGUUGUUCCCUCUCCCAAGGUCUCCGACACCGUCGUUGAACCUUACAACGCCACUCUCUCUGUCCAUCAGCUGGUCGAGAACUCAGACGAGACCUUCUGCAUUGAUAACGAGGCCUUGUACGACAUUUGCAUGCGCACUCUCAAGUUGUCCAACCCUUCGUAUGGCGACCUGAACCACCUGGUCUCUGCCGUCAUGUCCGGUGUUACUACUUGCCUGCGUUUCCCCGGCCAGUUGAACUCUGACCUACGCAAGCUAGCCGUCAACAUGGUUCCCUUCCCUCGUCUGCAUUUCUUCAUGGUCGGCUUCGCUCCUCUUACCAGCCGUGGUGCCUACACUUUCCGUGCUGUCACCGUUCCCGAGUUGACUCAGCAGAUGUUCGACCCCAAGAACAUGAUGGCUGCCUCUGACUUCCGCAACGGUCGUUACUUGACGUGCUCUGCCAUCUUCCGUGGUAAGGUCUCCAUGAAGGAGGUUGAGGACCAGAUGCGCAACGUUCAGAACAAGAACUCGUCGUACUUCGUCGAGUGGAUCCCCAACAAUGUUCAGACCGCCCUCUGCUCCAUUCCCCCUCGCGGUCUUAAGAUGUCGUCUACCUUCGUCGGUAACUCGACUGCCAUCCAGGAGCUCUUCAAGCGUAUCGGUGAGCAGUUCACUGCCAUGUUCAGGCGCAAGGCUUUCUUGCAUUGGUACACUGGUGAGGGUAUGGACGAGAUGGAGUUCACUGAGGCUGAGUCCAACAUGAACGACUUGGUCAGUGAAUACCAGCAGUACCAGGAUGCUGGUGUUGAUGAGGAAGAAGAGGAGUAUGAGGAGGAGGUCCCCGGCGAGGGAGAGGAGUAAAGCUGCUCCGUCUGAUACCCAUUUCCAUAAACGGCACUGCGUGGAUGGAUGAUUAGGCACGUCAUGUUGAAUGUGGUUUCCGCCCCCUAUACUAUUCUCGCGUACCCUUUUGCCGCCCAGACGUUCAAUGGAUAUAAAGUACCUAAUGCAAAUUGAUCAACAACGAUCAGUUGAACGGCCCUGGGCACGUUAGAUAUACCUCUUCGGUGUUCGUUGUGGAAAAAAGAAAAACUUCAUUACUAGUAGUAACAAGAAUUGAUUGUCUUGUACGAAUAACUCGGCAUUUUAAUGCAGACCUAAGGAAUUCUAAUACAUACCUAGUAUCGUUACGAUGAG